GGCGCGUUAGGAUGACAGCGUUGGCUCAAGUCAAGAUGGCAUGGUUCAAAAUCCAUGCGGGAUCCAAUUGAGACGAAAAUUGUUCGUUCAUUUCAUUUAUGUGCUGAAAGAUAGAAUGCCUGUCAUUUAAUUUAUUGUAGUAUUACAAAGUACUUUCAAAUGUAAACAAUCUGGAACCUCCUCUGGAUACUAUUUAUACCCGAAAUUCCAAUGGAGUGCCAAUUCAGCGCUUAGUAAAAGUAUUGUCUGAGCUGAGUGGUAAGAUGAACAACAACAACACCAGCCCAACAUCCCAGUCUUCUACUCCCAAGAAGCAGGCUGUCUCCUCAGAAUGUAGUAAUGCCACAAGAGAAGUGUAUAAAACAUUGCAGAAAGGAGACUCAACGUUUGGUUACAACUUUAGGAGGGAAGGAAGUAUCCAUAGCAUAGAGAAUGAACUAACAACAAAAAGAAUCACCAAGGGUGUGAGAGAUGCACAUGGUGGAAAGGAAAAGUGUCCAUUUACUACAGCUGAAAUAGAAGGGGCUUGUUACCGCUACUUUAAAUCGCUAAGGGAUUCUGAGAGAAGAAAAGAGAAAGGAACCAACCAGAGACAUGCUGUUACAUCCAGGAGGCAAAGCAGAAGACGAGAA